AUGCCUGGCUUCCUCAAGGCAACAGCUCUCGCUGCCAUGGGCUCCCGCGCCCUGGCGGAGCUCACCUCGACCAACCCGGAUCUGGCCGACUUCGCAGUGUACGACCCGAGCUUUCUGGACAUCGUGGGGGAGAGCGCGUCGAUCGAGCUCAUCUACAACGCCACGGAGCCGCUCUUCCACGAGGGCGGCAUCUACAACGCGACGGGGGACACGCUCUACGUCAGCUCGAACCGCAUCCCGCUGCCCGUGGGACAGGUGGACGAGAGCACGUCCAACCAGACCAUCAAGCUGCACGCUGUGACGAACGUGUCAUCGGAGAUCACCCCGGACGUGGUCUCGGCCAUCACGGUGCAGUCGCUCGACACGUCGACCAUCAACCUACCAAACGGCGGCGUGGCUCACACAGGAUCGUCCGGGAUCCUUUUCACGGCGCAGGGGAGCAAGACGGCGGCGGCGGGCAUCUUCUCGAUCCCGGACCCGCUCAACAACCCCAAUGCGUCGGUACCCGUGGUGACGUCGUUCCUGGGGCGUCCGUUCAACUCGCCCAACGACGUGACGGUCAACGAGGCCGAUGGCGGCUCGAUCUGGUUCACGGACCCGUCGUACGGGUCCCUGCAGGGCAUCCGGGAGGCACCGCAGCUGCCCACGCACGUGUACCGGUACGACCCGGUGGCCAACACCACGCGCGUCGUCGCGGACGGCCUGCAGCAGCCCAACGGGCUCGCGUUCAACGCCGACGCGAGCGUGCUGUUCGUGACGGACGCGAAUGCAUCCGACGACAACCCCGCGGGCCCGGCGACGAUCUACGCGUACGAUGUUGUCUACGACGCGCCCGGGACGUUCCUGACCAACAAGCGGGUGUUUGCGUUUGCGCCCAAGGGGAUUCCGGACGGAAUCAAGGUCGAUGCGGCCGGGAACGUGUGGUCUGGCACGGGCAGCGGCGUUGCGGUUUGGAACGAGGCUGGGGAUCUGAUCGGGCAGAUUACUGUCCAGGGUGGGGCGGCCAACUUUGGGUUUGGUGAGACGGAGAAGACGGUCUUCGUACUGGGGGAGAAGCUGCUCUGGAGGGUGAAGCUUGAUAUCUAA